GAUAGCAGUAUAUACAUGUUUUGUGGACUGUUUUGGCUGGUUAAUACCAUGACAGAAGUUAUAGGUGCCUGCUCCAGACCAGUAAUCAACCCAAACUCAUACAGUCUCACCGAUGACAAGGCGAGUUACGCCGUGAACGAAACUUACGAGAUAUUCUGUACGCCCGGUUAUGAUCCGAGCGGCACGGGAAAACUGAUCUGUGGGGACGGAAACAGCUGGUCGGAUGAAGCACCCACGUGCAAAUCAACAAAGGGGGCAUAUCCAUGGUGGAUGCUCUUGGUGGCAGUAACUGUGAUCAUUAUUAUGAUAGCCUGCAUCUUACCCCGCUUUCUCCAGUGUUUCUGUUCUAAAUCAAAGAAAUCGAAAAGCGACGUAGAAAAAGGAAACGAACGAAACAACAAUGGUUAUGACGAUGAGGAUUCGGAUGAUGACGAUAACAGAGCGGAUUCGCCUGUGCCAGACUUUUCCAAAUCAAAGAAAAUGACCAACUUGGAGUUUAUGGCAAAGUUACACAAGGACGCUGAUAGAAAGACUAUGAAAAGAGCAACAAAAAAUGCAGUAUUUUAGUGAAAAUGCGUUAGUCGCAAACUGUUGAUUUUUAUAGUGUUUUUUCCUUUGUCCAUAAUACUGGUAAAGUAUGUUGAAUGUAUAGUAUGGAAUGUUCCAAUUGUAACCAUCUGAAUAUUGGAAUAUCAGUCAUGUAUUUGUAAUGUUCAUCGUUCCUGUUGAUUUUGGCUCCAACAUUCUCCAUUUAGGUCAGCCUCUGACAAUAGUCGGCAUGUAAAAUGGUAUUUCCCGCCAUGUCAAAUUAUGUCAAUGCUGAUAGAGUAUGUUUGAAGAUAUCGUGUACUUUUGUAUUUCUAAUAUCCUUUGGCACUUUCUAUCUU